AUGUUCGUGUCUAAACAAUCAACAGUAAAAAAUCACACAAUAGAUACCAACGUGGAGGAAAGCAAUGCACUAUUGGUCAAGGUGGAGCGAAAUAGCUCUAGCCAUUACGACCAACCUGACUCUGGGUUAUAUGGCCACAACAGUAACAGUUUUGAGGAUAUUGAGAACGGUAACAUUACAGCAGUCCCUUUCAUGGAUGAGACAACUUCAUUAUCCCAAAAUGCUAUACUAAUACCAUUAACCGGAACAACUCCCCCUCAACAUCAUGAUGAACCAUUCAGUACAAAUGCCUAUAAAACACUCAAAAGAGGCAUUUCACAUGCUACCGACAAUGUGAACAUUGUUUCCCAAGCAAGAUCAGAAUUGAUAUUUAUCGACAACACUGAAGAUGAACUACAGAUUGUGGAAACUCCGGUUUAUACUUUUAUUCUACCCGAUUUGUUACAACUUGAAGAAAAAUUUCGGAUGUUUAUUGAAAAAGACUUGAUAGCAGUAGCAAUGCAAAGUUCUCUCGAACAGGCUUCAAGACUGAAUUGGUGGACUGGAUUUUGUCAAAGGCUUUGGCCACUUUCAACAUCUGGCGAUGGCAACUGUCUUUUGCACGCUGCUUCGUUGGGUAUUUGGGGAUUCCAUGAUCGGUUAUUAAAUUUGAGGCGUGCUUUACACUCGUUCCUGAGCAAUGGUCCAGCUCGACAUUCACUCUGGCGGCGUUGGCAACGACAACAAACUAUUAUGAAUUCAUUAUUUGGUCUUGUAUAUACAGAACAAGAAUGGCGCCGGGAAUGGAAUGCAAUUGUUAACAUGGCUUCCACCGUUCCUCGUAUGCGGAAACAGAGUGCUUCAAGUGGAAAUGCAGAUACCGAAGGAUACAUUUAUGAGAGCCUUGAAGAAAUUCACGUUUAUGCUUUGGCACAUGUAUUAAAAAGACCUAUUAUUGUCAUAGCAGAUACUAUUCUCAAGGAUAUGAAUGGUGAAGCCUUGGCUCCUAUACAGUUUGGAGGUAUUUACUUGCCCCUAGAGUGUUACCCGUGUGAUUGUCAUCGUUCCCCUUUGUUAUUGGCAUAUGAUGGAGGGCAUUUUUCAGCUUUGGUUGCCAUGGAAACACCGAAUUCAACUCUUUCUUGUGCUAUACCUUUGGUGGAUUCAAACGGUGAACUCUUACCAAUACAGUUUCCUGUUGAUCCAGGUGAAAAUGACCAUUCUCCUGAUAAAAAUCAAGAACUGUCAUUUACAGAUUCAUUGUCAUUAUUGAACAGUUACUUGGACAUUGUAAAACUCGACCCUCAAGGUAACAACGACACUACAGGGAAAAAUGGUCUCUUUGGUAGUCUGGGACGUUCCGUAGGGAAUAAAUUGAAAUCAAAACUGUCUAGGACGAAUUCAGUAAAAAAUCUAUCAGCAAUAACACCUCAAGCCAAGUAUACGUAUUGUGCCCUGAUCAACUCAGACAAAAAACACGAAUAUCAUGAUGUGAUGAUUAAAAACUACUUAAGGACAGCAGCUGAACGUUUUCAGCAUUCACCUUAUGCGGAUACGACACCUCGUUAUGGAGCUGGUAAAUCUCGUUUUUACACUGAAGCUGAUUCUGAGUCACAUGUUAAAGUCGGCCUGAUGACUCCUGUCAAGGCUGUCACAAACGAAGACCCCACAAUGUACCUGUCAAAAUCCACAUUCUAUGACACUGGUUCGCAAGUGGAUAAGUGUCGUACAGAAGACUGUGAAUUCUUCGGGUCAUCUGUGACUAAACAUCUCUGUUCAAAAUGUUACCAACUGUAUCAGCAGCAAAAAAAGGAAUCCGUUUGA